UCCACACCGAUCCCACUCCAGUCAACAUGAAGCUGUUCAUCAUCGCUGCUCUGGCCCUGGUGGCCGUCGCCGACCGGCCCCAGUCUUCCUACAGGCCCCGUCCCACCUACGCUGCCCCGACCUACGCUGCCCCGACCUACGCUGCCCCGACCUACGCCCCGGCCCCGACCUACAAGCCCCAGCCCAAGUACGCUCCUGCCCCGUCCUACGGCCACUCGAGCUACAAGCCGAUCGCUAUCCUGGAACAGGAGGAUGUCCACCCCGGAGAUGGCACCUACAGCUCCAAGUUCUCCACCGAGAACGGCAUCUACAGGUCCGAGUCUGGUGUGCCGGUGCCCGGCUACGGCAAGAACGCCUACGGCGAGGCGGAGGACCUCUACCGCCAGGAGGGCUCCUGGAGCUACACCAACGGCUACGGCGAGGAGGUCAAGGUCGCAUUUGUCGCCGACGAGAACGGCUACCAGCCGUCCAGCGACAUCCUGCCCACCCCGGUGCCCACCGAGUACCCGACCCCCGAGGUGGACCCCGCCUACGUCGAGCCCCAGCCCAGCUACGGCAAGCCCGCCUACCAGCCGGCUUACAAGCCCGCCUACAACUAAGUGAUCCACACGACCCUGCGUUUCCCUUCAUUUGUCUUAUUUAUUGUGUUUUUAUAUUUAUGAACAAUGUGAUUCGUCAGAGUGCUUUGUUUCCUGUGCAAAAUACAUACAUGUAUUGAUAUCAUAUGGAA